AUGCCUCACCAUCAAGGGCACGAUCAUUCGGGUCACGACCACGAAGGCCACGGUCAUGAUCACGGUCACGACCACAGUGACGAGACAGAACCAGCUCUCCAGACCCUGAUAUGGAAGCAAAUCGACUUUGACAACAUAAGAACUCUCAACGAGCGUGAGCCCGAUGCAGGCGCGAAGGUUGUCAAAAAAACAUGGCAGCAGCGGCUGGAGGCUGAUCCAGAGCUCGAGAGUGAUGCAGACGAGCAGUUGCUCAUGUUUGUGCCCUUCGCCGGCGUCCUAAAGCUCCACGCCAUCCUCGUUCGUGCCUCAACUUCCGACUGCUGUCCCAAGACCCUCAAAGUCUACCACAACAGAGACGACCUCGACUUCUCCACCGCCUCUGAUCUCGAGCCCACGCAGACACUCACCGUCUCACAGACCAGUGAUAUCCAAGAUCUGCAGGUCAAGCGGGCGAAGUUUGGGAACACGUACAACUUGACGUUGUUCCUGGAGGAUAACUAUGGGGAUGAUGUUACGAGAGUGUAUUGGAUCGGAUUCAAGGGAGAGUUUACGGAGUUGAACAGGGAGCCGUUCGAAGUGCUAUAUGAGAAGGCGGCGAAUCCGAAGGAUCAUGAAUUGGUAGCGGGGAUUGGAGAGAGGGGUGCUAUGAGUGGGGGGAGACAUGGGAUGUAG